AUGGUGGCGGCGGCCGAGCUCGACAGCAUGUGGGUAGUGGGGUUCGUCGAGGACGCCCGGCGGCACCAGAAAGACAUGCUCUUGCGAGACCUUCGAGACUUCGUGCGCCUCCCGGGGUCCACCGUUCUCCCUGGGGCACACGCAGCGCUCGCCGCCAUCAGCUUGAUGGGGCAGCCGACGAGCUUCAACUCUACUCCUCCACCCGAUUCUAGAGCAAAGGCGGUGUCAUCGUCCUCACCGGCAGCCGAAGGCCACGACAGACGUGGAGCAGAUGAUGGUGACGACGACAGCGGCAAUCUCUACGGGAGUGCUGCAGCCAAGUUCAGGUCCUCCGCAGGGAAGAACGCGCUGACCGACCUCGAAUGUCUGCGGCUGCGCGAGCUAGAAACGAGACUUUCCCAAGAAUCGCUGGGGGUCAAGGACGCGGACGUGCGCCACCACGCUGGGGUCCAGGCCUACGGAGCCGCCAACCGCAAGCUGCGCAAGAUCCUGGGCGGCGCCCGCCCCCCUUUCAUGGGGCCAGCGAUAAAGAGCGAGGGGCUGGAGGCGGUGUUCCAGCGGAACCGAGAGGAGCGCGCCGCCGCCACGCGCAUCCAGCAGCUAUACAAGCACUACUUCCGCCGCAAGCGCUUCCGGCAGAUGACGCUGCAGCUGCAGGGCGUCGUCAAGAUCCAGGCCCUGGCCCGAGGCGUCCUCGCGCGCAGGUUCGUGGCCGAGUGGUACGCCCGCCGGAGCGUCAUGGUCCUCGCCUGGCAGAACAUCAUCCGUCGCAUGCUGAGCAACAUCCGGUGGAGGCGCCGCCUCGCCCUGGAGCAAGGAGCGGCCUCCAAGAUCCAGGCGGCGGCCAGGGCGCGGGCGGGGCGCCAGAGGGCCCACGCCACCAAGGUCGACCUCGCGGCGCUCCGCAUCCAGUGCCUCUGGCGAGGAUCCGUCGACCGGGCGAGGGUGGACCGCCUCUGGCUCGGCGCCUUGGCCACCAGGAUACAGGGCCUCGUGCGCGUGAUGGUGGCGAAGAGGGUGAUCGGGCGCACGCGGCGCAUCCGCAACGGGGCGGCGCGGUCGAUCCAGCGGAACUUCCGGGGGACCGUGGCGAGGAAGGUCAUGGUCGGGCUGAUCUGGGCGCGCAGCAUGGAGCGCAGGAGGGACUUCUUGAGGGUGCUCGCGGCGGAGGAGGAGUGGGAGAGGGAGAACAUGGAGAUCAAGCAGCGAAGGAGUCGCAGGAUGAUGCUGGAGGAGAAGCUGGAGGCCGCCGCGGAGGCCGAGGCAGCGGCACACGCCGCAGUCUUCGAGCUUGAGAGCAACGAGCAAGAGCUCAAGACGCAGAGGAUGAUGCUGAGCCCUCGGGCCCUGCAGCAGGGCUGGAAAGAGGAGCUGGACAGCAACAUCGGCCAACACAAGGAGUGGAUCACGAAGAGGAAGCUCGAGGCGGUGUUCGAGGCGAGCCUUCCCGCACGAGAGCUCGAGGAGCAGGUCGAGCGGCGGGACUGGUUGUUCUCGGAGAGGAAGCGGCAGGCGGCGCGGCUGGCCCGCUGGAGGGACACGGAGAUGGCGGAGAUCUUCGACAGGGAAGCCCGCAAGCGCUUCGACGACCAGCACCUGCAGAACCGACACAAGGUGGCGGAUGAGAAGCGCAAGUGGGCGGUGCGGCACGUGACUCACUCCGGAAAGCCCGAUAAGCUCAAGGCCAGGCGACGAAGCAGGCCGUGGGAGGCCACGCAAGACCGCACCGAGGAGGUUCUAAAGGAGGUUGCCACGGGCGGCGCCGUGGAUCUGUUCGCGUACGAUCGCUCUCCGGAGGAAGCGCUGGAGCACAUCCGAAGGAAUAGGAGCGUACGAGACGAAGGAGGUGUCAACGGCGGCAGUGGAGGUGGCGAUGGUGGUAACGACGGCCUAUCGAAGAGCGGGACGCUCGAGCAAGUCAUGGCGCGGUUGCAGCUACAAAGUCACAUCAACCAGGUGGCGCAGUUCGAAGAAAUCAUGCGUCCGGCCAAGGACAUCGUGACGUCAUUGGGGCUCCAGCCUCUGCUCGCCAAGGAUCACGACCGCCGAAACGCCGCCGCCGCCGCCGCCGUUAAUAAGCCCGUGGCAAGCCCUGUUGCUACCGCCGCGGUUGCCUCAGACCCCCCGCUCGAUCUGAUGCCGUCACCACCAUCUCAAGCAGGAGGGGUGGCAGCCGCGACGUCGGUAGGGGGGCCACCAGAAGAAGAGGUUCGUGAGGAAGGGGAGCAGGGAGGAGAGGCAGGCUCGUCGCCGAGGGUUUCUUCCCCUUCGGCGGCUUCGGCGGCUGCGCCGGCGGCGGCGGCGGUCGCCAGGAAGGAGCGUUCGCGCCCCGCGGCGGCCGGGUUUUCCGAAAGGUAUGGGGCGGCGGCGUCCACACCUCCGGGUCCUCCCCCUUCUGCGGGUACCGGUGGAACUCCCGUCCCGAUAGAGUGGGGCGAGGAGGCGAGGAUCAAGGCAAGGCAGCGGCAGCGGCGGUUACACAUGCUGGCGAUGGAGGGGAGGAGAGCGGCGUCGGCGACGAGGGACGGGGGUGGGGAGCGAGAGGGGCUGCCGGACUCGAGAUCAGCGAGCAGAGUGCCGUGGCUCUUGCUUGAUGAGCUGGACGCGGAGAAGCAAAAACUGAUGUUGUGCAAGGUUGCCUGGAGAUGA